UGUAACCUACAUUAACUGUAGUAGUGCGCAGUGAGUUAGAAUACAGCUGUAAAAGUCCUAAACAAAAACACAUGUUCCACACACGUAACCUGGUCAACCUACCUCCCGGUGAUAUAUAGCGCCCCCUGGCGGUAUCAGUGACCAUGACUCUCAAGCUGCAGAGGACAAGUCCCUACAGAUAACUGACAGGAUACAAAUUACGUCAGAACGUUGCCAAAGUGGAACAAGCCCGUGACGCCAAAAUUUACACUUUCAAGGCAAGACCAAUGACAGUGCAUGGACCGCACAAGAGACUAUCUUAUCAACCUUUAAAACGACCUACUUUAUUGAGAAACGGCUAGGACACCGUUAUUACAUAAAAUAUGAGACUCACCUUUGAUGAUGUUCUGCGGCACCUGGGGGAGUUUGGACGUUACCAGAAAUGGAUGGUCUUUGUCCUGUGUCUUCCUGGCAUCGCCCAUGGAAUCAGGAUGAUGAUCAGCGUCUUCCUCCUCAACAUCCCAAACCACAGGUGCGCCAUACCCGGUUACGACAACGACACCUUCAACGUACAGUCUGAGAGCCACGCUCGUCUUAUCAACGCUACCAUCCCUUACGUCACAAGGGACGGUAAACUGCAGCUUGACCGCUGUCACAUUUACCACGACGUUGACAACGGCACAAGCGAAGGCGCCAACCGUACCGUGGUCGGCUGUCAGAAGUGGGUUUACGACAAGUCUGUGUUCGAAUCCACUGUCUCAACGGAGCUCAACUUCGUGUGUGACGACGCCACCCUUGCCACACAUUCUCAGAUGAUCUUCAUGGGAGGUUACUUCUUGGGAGCAUUUGCAGCUGGAGCCCUGGGUGACAAGAUUGGGAGGAAGAAGGCUCUUUAUCUUUGUAUUAUGUCCCUCUUCAUCGGGGGAAUCAUACCUCAACUGGUCCAGCAACUUCAUCAUGUUCGUCAUCAUCCGCUUCUUCAACGCAAUUUCUACAGCCGGAGUCUUCACCACGUGUUUCCCAUGGAGAUAGUAGGACCCUCUAAACGUGUGUGGACUGGAGUGAUGGUACAGGUGUUCUUUGCCGUCGGUAUGACGAUCCUAUCUGGAGCUGCCUACCUAAUCCGAGACUGGCAUACCCUGGAGCUAGCCAUGGCCGUCCCUGUUGGCAUCUUCCUCGUAUACUGGUGGGUCAUUCCAGAAUCUCCAAGAUGGCUGAUGAACGAGUUCCGGGAUGACGAAGCAGAAGUGAUCAUUCGACGGGCAGCAGACGUGAACAAAGUCAAGCUACCUGACAAACUGUUUGAGAAGCAGACGACAGAGAUCGAAACAUAUGAUGAAAAGCCGAAGGGGAACUUUUUUCAUCUCUUCACAAAUCCGGUCAUGUGCAUACGAACUCUCAUUAUAUUUUUUAACUGGUUGGUGGUCAGUAUGGUGUACUAUGGCCUGUCCCUCAACACGGACAACCUUGGGGCAGGGAGCCUCCACCUUAACUUCCUGCUGGUAGGGCUGGUGGAGUUCCCGGCCUAUGCUCUCUCAAUACUACUGGUCAACAGACUUGGAAGGAAGUUCAUACACUGUGCGAUGAUGAUCAUAGGAGGUGGUUCCUGUAUCCUAACCAUCUUCACUAUACUGUAUGCUGACCAGUCAAUACAGUGGAUCACGGUUCUGCUCGCUAUGAUAGGGAAGCUGGGGGCAGCAGCAGGUUUUGCCAUCAUCUAUGUCUUCUCCUCAGAACUGUUUCCAACUGUCAUCCGGCAUUCCGCCACUGGGGCCAGUUCCUCCUGGGCCCGUGUCGGGGGCAUGAUAGCCCCGUAUAUCGUAGAUUGGGGCAAGAUUGUUGGAGGAGACUUCGGCCGCGCCCUGCCUCUGUUGGUGUUUGGCAGUCUGUCCGUCCUGGCAGGCCUGUUGGCCCUCCUCCUGCCGGAAACACUCAACAGAGACCUUCCGGAGACCAUCGAGGACGGGAUCAAGUUCGGCAGAGAACCCGCCCACCAUGGGUCCACACAUGACGAAGAGAAACAACGAGGUUUGCCAUUGCUAUCACUGCGUGAAACCACAGACCACGAGGAGAACCAGUCGCCUAUAUACAGAAAGCUAUCAGCUCCCGUCACUGCUUGACCGUAGUGUCGGUUUAGUGUCUUACCUGUUUCACCUGUCCAUUGUCAUCACUAAUUCUGUUUUAAUUAAUAAUUCAAACAAUAAGUAAUUCAUCGUGGCUGUGAUAACCAUUGAAAAUAAGAAUUACUCGAAACACGAUUGCAACUAAUAUUUCCUAUAAUGAAAUAUUGUACUAGGAUGAGAAACGCUGUGCCUUCACGGCAAUGAGAGGCCUAAACAUUUCGAGUUGGCGAGCUGAGGUCCCCUGCCAUCCGUCUGUGUUAAUGGUUGUGAGUUAUCAGUCUGAGGGACUGGUUGUAGAAAUGAGGCGACGUACGUACACAAAGAUGAAUGAAUCGCAAUAGUACGGAAACCUUUUACGGCCAUUCGGUGUUUUUUCUUGAAAUAUCAACUUAUUAUCAUGAAAUUUAAAGAUCGUAAUUUAAAAUUUCAACUUAUCGUUUUGAAAUUUCAAGAUCAUUGUGUUGAAAUUUCAACUUUAUAUGUAUCAUGAAAUUCAAACUUAUCAUCUUGAAAUUUAUACUUAGCAUCUUGAAAUUUCAAGAUAGCAGCUUGAAAUUUCCAGAAAAGAAAUACAGAAAACUGAAUGGGCCUAAAAGGCUUCCGUACAAUAGUGUUGACUUUUUCUAAGCAAAUGAUGAUCAGAAUUAUGCCCCAUCUUGCAUUAUUCAGGUUUAUGGAUGUGUUUUUAAAAUUAGUUGUUAACCUAUUUCUGGCCAUUCCUAAUGUAAUAACCUACUUACAUACCGUGAUAUGACUUAAGGUUUAUGGAUGUGUUUUUAAAAAUAUUUGUUAACCUAUUUCUGGCCAUUUCUAAUGUAAUAACCUACUUACAUACCGUGAUA